AUGGUAUCCAAGAUUGCAGUCAUUGGCGCAGUCAAUGGUCAAGUCUCUGCUGUCUUUGGCAAAUUAUCAGCAUUGCACGCUAAAAAUGCCUUUGCCUUUGCUGUUAUCACUGGAGACCUGUUUGCGGAUCCAGUCAACCCUAGUGCAGAAGAGUCCAGUCAACUCAAGGAUCUUCUUGAAGGCAAAAUCGAAAUAGCUCUUCCCGUCUACUUUGCUCUCGGCAAACGUGAGCUGCCUCUUGAGGUUCAGGAGAAACUUAGCGCUAAUGCUGGCGAGUUAUGCUCGAACCUGUACUUCCUUGGCCGGAGAACUACUGUCAAGACAUCUGAAGGCGUCAAGAUUGUCGCUCUGGGUGGUGCCCAUAUGGAUGCUGUUUCAGAUAAAGCCUUGAUCACAGAGUUCAGCCCCAGUCAUACACCAGAGGACGUCAAGGUACUGAGAGGCGCCAACACUGCCGACAUUCUAGUAACGAGUGAAUGGCCUGCUGAGAUCCGCACCGGCUCUAAUGCACCUUAUACUGGCGAAGAAGCUGUUUCGCAACAGGGCGUUGCAGAUCUCUGUACCGUGCUAAAGCCUCGUUACCAUUUCUCUUUCUCGGAAGGUUUCCUGGAGCGCGAGCCUUUCUUCCAUGCUCAAGGUGAAGACGACAGCGGCUAUCAAGUCACUCGAUUCAUCAGUUUGGCGCCAUAUGGAAAUGCCGCUAAGCAAAAGUGGAUCUACGCAUUCACCCUGGACACCUCAGUAGCACCUACUGCGACGGUACCGUCAGGCGUCACAGCAUCCCCGCUAUCAUUCACAAAGAAGCGCAAGGCUGUUGAAUCCCAAGCACAGUCAUUCUCGCGCUUCUCCGGUGGUAGCGGCGAUGGUGGUGGUCGGCAGAGAGGUCGUAAUAAGCGCGCUCGACCAAACCCGAACCCAUCAGAAUGCUUCUUCUGUUUAUCGAAUCCCAACAUUGCAUCUCACCUCAUCUCCUCGAUCGGCGACAGCGCAUAUUUGACAACAGCGAAAGGACCGCUUCCAACCCCCAAGAUUUUCCCUGCUCUUGGCUUCCCAGGCCAUAUGCUGAUCAUCCCCCUCGAACACGCGCCUACUCUUGCAUCGAUACAGGACCAAGACUCGAAGAAAGCCACUAUCGCUGAGAUGCAUCGCUAUCGACUUGCGUUGCAAAGCGCGGUCACUUGGGAGAUUAGUCGUCUGGGAGGUAUUCACAUCCACUGGCAGUUCAUGCCGGUACCACAGGAUAUCAUCAAGAACGGAUUGGUGGAAGCUGGAUUUAAGGUCGAAGCAGAGAACCAAAGCUACCCAGCUUUCGAGUCGUCAAGUGUUUCGACCGAUGUAGCAGCCGAGGGUGAUUGUUUCAAGGCUACUAUAUGGGAUGGAGCAGAGGAGAAAACGAUGGUGCUUCCUCUGGACUCAUCAUUCAGGUUCGAUCUACAGUUUGGACGAAGAGUUCUAGCCAAGUUGCUAGGUCUGGAGAGUCGUUCGCAUUGGCAGGACUGUGACCAGAGUGAGGCCGAGGAGAACACGGAUGUUGAGGCCUUCAAAGCUGCAUUUGCUCCAUUCGACUUUUCGCUCGAAGCAUAG